AUGGCAGGCCAUGCAGCAGCGACGGUAGCGACCGGUGGUCUUCCGCCCGCGAUGCCAAUGGCAGACGAGGCGAGGGAGUUUGAAAAGAUUUUGAAGAUCAGUGAUGAGAUAUUUACCGGGACUCACCCCCGACUCAAGGUGCCGCAGCAGUUUGUGCGGAAGCUGCCGUCGAGACCCGUGCAGAACGUCGCGACCAUCCAGACCAAGGCAGCGAAGAGUGGACCGUCGCCUCCUGGACCGGAGAAGAGAUCCCAUCGGUUGGCGACGGCCGAAAGCGCCGGUGCAACGCCUGUCGCGGUGCAGGAGCCGUCUUCGCGCACUCCCCCCAAGCCGACGUCGGAAAUCGAUCCGAUUUUCCUUACAAAGUCGGAUGAUCUCGUCCGUGCAGAGAUACAGCUGCAGCGGCAGCGGGUGGAGAGAGCGCUGCGUGAGCAGCUGGACCAGAGGAGACUCGAGUCACGGCAGAAGACGUUUGUUCAAGAUGCAAAGCCUGACUUCGAUGUCUCGGACGUGUUGAAUAAAGCGCUGGAGAUUGUCAAGCCCGUGGAACCGAGUGAGAGGCCCAUGCCUAAUGGCGCAGCAGCAGCAGAAGCAGCCGCAGCGCCCAGCGAAUCGCUUGAUGAGAAUUCCUUCUACUCCAGUAGAGCCCCUGACUCGCCUCAGCCUGGCAGUCAGCAAAAGCCGUCUCCAGGGUUGGAGCGGCCAGUUCCCCCUCGUGUGGAGGAUGGCGCCUCUAAUGCCCCAGUAGACCAUGAUUCCGAUGAGUUGCAACGCCUUGAGGCCCUCAACCACAGUGGAUCGGAUCGCGAGAUGCAAGAUGUUUACCCUGUCGCUGACCAGCCCACCCUUUCUCAGAAGCAGCAUCCCUCUGCCCAGCAAGCAGCCGACGUUUUGGAGGAGCCCGAGUAUUCGCCCCCGGCCCCCGACGUGCCUCCGAUGGACCACCGGCAACAAGAGAGCCGUGAGUAUCACCAAGGAUUUGCAGGCAACGCGAGACGCCGAACGUACGACUCUGAUCAUGCCUAUGUUGUUCGGCGGUCGGUUUCGCCCUCGAGAGACGUGAGAGUGAUUCGGAAUCAUAUCACUUCCCCCGCCGCGCCCCAACCGUCGCAUGUCUCACCCCUCGCUGUGGCAAAGGUUCCUUCGGUUCAACAUCUGAGAGAGGCCCGCCGCGACUACAGCUCCGACCGAACCCAUCCCGAGUACGAUUCGGGUCGUGCAAGCCCCGAGGGUCCACCUCAAUCGCAGCAGCAGCAGCAGCAGCAGCAGCAGCUUAUGCCACGGAAGCGUCGCAGGGUUUAUGAUGACCAGGAGCGGACCCGUUAUCGAAGGCAAGGUGUCGAUUCUCCCGAACCCUAUAUCAAAGAAGAGCCAAUGUCACCGCCUCCCGUGCUGCUCACAGACAUGGCCCCGGCUGUCAGAAGUCGGCGUGCACAGCAGGAACAACCGAUCUACAUCGAUAUCGCGUCGCCCCGGUAUACCCCCGUG